UUUUUCUCUUGCAAUAUCAAAGCAGCUACACUUCUAAACUUAGCCCUGAGCAGCUGAAACAUUUCUUUUCUUUUCUUUUUUUCAAUCUCCCUUUCUCUUUUACUAUUUCAUAUGGCAUCGAGUUCACUUAGUAGGAACCAUGGCUCAUCCUGGACCCCUAUCCAGAACAAACAGUUUGAGAGGGCUCUGGCUCUGUAUGACAAGGACACACCGGACCGUUGGCAGAAUGUUGCCCGAGCUGUGGAGGGAAAAUCGGCCGAUGAAGUGAAGAGACACUAUGAAGCACUUGUGGAGGAUCUCGAUCAAAUCGAGUCAGGUCGCAUUCCAGUUCCAAACUACAAGUCGGGUGGGAACAGUAGCAGCAUUUGAGCUGACAGUGCAGGGGUCCUGAGGUACCUUAAGAUGCAGUAAAGGACAGAGUAGCUAAAUUGCAGAAAGGAGAUGGGAGAAGCUAGGACUCAGCUAUUCAAGACCCCCUCUCUCUCUGCCCCCCCCC